AUGUUGACGUCCAUCGUUGGCCUGACAACGGACCUCAGCUCGACCAGGACUCGUGCAGCCUUGGAUCCACAGUGGAACCACAGUCCGCCCGGACGCACCGCCUUCGGGCCGGAGGCGCUCCAAGCCAGCAACUACUCCCUGGUGCUGCUGAUCCAGCUCAGCCUGCUCACCUUCGACCUGUUCGUCAACUCGUUCAGCGAGCUGCUGAGGACGGAGCCGGCCGUCCAGCUGGUUCUGUUCAUAAUCCAGGACAUUUCCAUCCUGUUCAACCUGAUCAUCAUUCUGCUGAUGCUGUUCAACACCUACGUGUUCCAGGUCGGCCUGGUUGCCGUACUGUUGGAGCGGUUCAGAGCUCUGUUAAUGCUCUCUGCUCUCUACCUGACCUUCAGCAUCAUUCUGCACUCCUGGCUCAUGAAUCUGCGCUGGUUAAAUACCAACAGAUUUAUUUGGACAGACGGCCUCCAGGUGCUGUUUGUCUUCCAGAGAACCGCUUCGGUGUUGUACUACUACUUCUACAAGAGGACGUCGGAGUACCUGGGCGACCCUCGGCUCUACGAGGACUCGCCGUGGCUGCGAGAACUCUUUGCUCGAGUCAGACAGUGAAGCCCGAGGACACCAGGAGGCCAGAAAUAGGAGGAAAAGCAGCUCAUACGACCUCGAACCUGGUCGGUUUAAAACAGCUCAUUUACAAUCGCGCCGCUGUCUGCGUGUGGGAAACAGUGACUUCCAAACUGGAAAUGACAAACAGAGGUAAAAUGCACUUCUUGCACCAGACAGGCCAAAAGGAUGUUCCACACAACGUUUCCUUCCAGCGCAGCGAGGAUUGUGCCAAAAUCUGGGAGGACGUUUGAGUCCAGAACGCCUCGAAAUGGUGACAAUGACAUGAAAAAUGCUGAAAUUGAUUUUUUUUAUUUCUGAACAUGCCCUUUUGAUUGUUCCUCCUCUUGUUGCUGUGCAGUUUUUAAAGUCUAUCUUGCAGAUGUUUUAUAUGUGUGUUUGUUGCUUUGAGUUUGUUUGUCGGUUUAACUUUUGUUUUUGUUGGCUCAGCAGUUACUCAUCUUAUUAUGUGCAUCAUACGUCACACGUGCUCUAAAUGCAAUAAAAUAUGAUUUAAAACAAGUUCUGCGUGUGAUUUAAACCUCAGGCCUUUGUU